UAUCUACUUUGUGUAAAAAUUAAACCGCAAUUAAGAGAGAAAAAAAAAAACAUGAAAUUGGUGCUGUGCCUGCUAUUGUACGCGACUUGCAGCCGCAAUGGCGAAGCCAACAGUACCACCAAGCCUCUCUCCGCCACGUCGGUUCAACGAGCUGAGGUGGAUAAGCUGCGCAGUGAACUCAACGCCGCAUUUGAUGCGGGCGAAGAGACGCCCGAGGGCGUCAUAGUGCAGCCGGAGUGGACCAAGCACGGCAGCAAACCCAGUGCCAGUGGCAAACCCAGCAAAGUUAUAGUCAACGAAGCGUCACUAAAAGCAGCGGAGGCGCUUCGCUCUGAGAUAAAUGACGCAGUCGCCAAGCAGGGGCAACCAGAGGAAGUGCGUCAGCUCGAGGCGGCCGUUAAAGCUAAAACAGGCGGAACACAGAAUGAAGCAAUUGUUAGCAGUACGCGCGAUGAGAUGCUGGGCAGCAGUCAGCCGGAUCAGGCUGGUCAGGCCAAUGUGGUUGAUGCCACACCGAUGGACAUUGAUCUGGCGCAGUUACAGCAACUGCAAUUGUCCAAGCGGCGGACGCGCGAAAUGCUUGUGCUGAGUCGCAUUGAGGAAAAUCUACAGUUUAUGAUCGGAGCAGAUGUGUCGCAUUGGCUGCAGCUGCAGCAGAAUGGUAGCGUCUAUUUCCUGGGUCGACGCAACUAUGAUUUGUUGCUAUUGGAGCAACAAGCUCUUAUUUCUGGCGCCAAUUUUCACAGCUAUGCAGCGCUUCAACCAUUGCCCGUGCCGGCGGGCAUUGAUGCGAUACUUAGCUACGAACGCUGGAAUAGGCAGGCACAGCUGCAGGAGAGUGUGGUGCUGCUGGCCACGCAACAGCAGUUGCUGUGGUAUCGCUUAGAGGCGAAUAGCGGCCUGAAACAGUUCUGGCACUGGCCGGUGGGCAGCGACAUUGAUAAGCUGUUGGCGUUUGUUGUGGAGAACCGUGAGUAUCUGGUCCUGAUGCACAAUCGUACACUCAGCAUUUAUGCCCAUGAUGUGGAUGGCCUGGAAUUCUGGAUUGUGCAACGCCUGCAGUUGGAGCAGACGAUUACGGCGCUGGCCGUGCAGGACACGGGUCGGGAUCUAUUGCUUGCCGUAGGUCAGUCUGAUGAGGCGCUCAUCUAUGCACAUAAUAUGCGUGAGCUGGCGCUGGAUGCGGGCCUGCAGCUGCAGCUGCGACAACGGCUGGAAGCACCAAAGAUCGCCGACAUAGCCGCUUUCCAAAUGGGCGGUCGCAACUAUCUGGCUUUGGGCGGUCUGCGACCACAGAUACUCGCCUAUGUACAGGGCCAGCUCGUGCCUAGAACGCUUCUCGGACAGAACUUUGGUCUGGUCGAGCUAUUUUUGCCAGUACCCGUGCGCAGCUAUCGGGAUGAUCUGUUGCUGCUUGUGCAGCAUCGCGUCUACUUCGACACGCACACUGUGCUUCAGCUGGAGGUGCUCGUCUGGAAUGGUGAGGCUUUCGAGGCUAGCCUGCCGGCGCCGUGUGAGCUCGGCACCCAGACACGUUAUGGCGCCGGCUGUAUGCUGGACGAGCAGCGAGAGGCGGGCUUGGCAGGAGCCGCGCUGCUGCGUCAAAUGCAGCCACCGCUGUUACUUGUGCCUCGCCAAGCGGCGGCGUCAGGCCUGUUUCGACUACACACACAGCUGCUGCCUCGCAACUCGGAGCUGCACGAUCUGCAGGAAAUACACGACUUUAUGCGCAAUUGGGUAGAUGAGCAGGAUAAGCUUAUUAAACGGGCGGAACAGCUACUCCAAGCACCAGAAGCGGACUUUAUUCACUAUGAGGAGCUAGACACACCGUUGCUCAUCAAUGACGGGGCCAUUUUGGAGGCACUGUACGUAAAUGAUGCACCUUGGACGGCGCAUGAUGCUACCAUAGAUCUGCACGAGUUGCUGCAGCAAAUCCGUUUGCUAAAGCAAGAACUCAUAGGUCUGGAUGGCGGACGUACCAAGCGCCAGCCGCAACUCUUUCGUUAUGACUAUGAGCAGCUGGAAUUUGAUGUUGUUGAGGUGCAGGAGCUGCACAUCGAGCAGCUGAACCAUGCGCCAUUCUACCUACAGAAUGCCACAUUGCAGUUCAACGGUUUGAUCAAUGCGCAGCGCCUGGAGGUGAUGCGGCCGCAGCCAAUUGAGCAAGCCAAAUCCUUACCCUCAAGAACGCAACAGCGCCUGGAAUUGGACGCCGAUCUCAACUGCGAAUUUAUCAAUGGCUUGGCAUGGACACAAUUCUUGCAGCAGUUGGCUUGGCGUCAGGAGCCGCUGCAGCUCUCGCAGCUGCGUGUGGCAGGCGCUGUUGUCUUUGAGGAUUCGCUGCAUUUGAGCGCGCUUAAUGAGCUGAGUUUUCCUGACGACUAUCUCUGGUCCCAGGAGAGCUCCACAAGCAUCGUUUUCUCGCCCAAACAGUUUACCCAGACGCUGUCUGCGAAUAUGGUGGACACUUUUGGGUCUAUCAAUGGUUGCGAUCCCUCGGAUGCGGUUACACUAAGCGAUGAACAGGACUGGCCGGGUUGGGUCACCUUUACACAGCUGGAAGUGUCCGAGGAACUAGAGCUCAAUGGUAGCGCCCAAGGACGUCAGUUUGAGGAGGCGCCUUUAAAUCCCACGCUGACCGAUUCGCAUCACGUUCAUGCCGCCUGUCAUUUUUCCCAACUGAUUGUCAAUGGGCCGCUGCAGCUGCGUGGAUUACUGGAUAACAGCAGCUUCGAUGCGUUGCUGGGUGAUCUGGCUCAGCGACCGGUUGAUGCCGAGGAGGAGCUGAUCAUACCAGCAGCCAAGCAUGUGCAGCACCUGGCGUUGCCAGUGGAUGCUCAUGUGCUGGAUGGCACACUAAACGGCUUUCCUAUUGAGCAGUUUGUGACCAAGCAUACAGAGCAAACGCUGCACAAUCUGAGCAGUCUAGCGGGAUAUGUGUACUUUCAUAAACUACAGCUCAGCGGCUUCUACGAUGGCAUCCACCUGGAGCAGCUGCUGGCUCAGGCGUUGCGUGUGGAUGCACCUAUCAUGGCGCCAACUACGCGUCUUCGUUUCGUCAACGAGCCGCAACUGGCAGAGCUUCGGGUGUCCCACAUGCUGAACGAUGUGCCACUCUCCAGCGGAUAUCAGACUUUAUACGAGCCGCUGCAUCUCAGCCAGGCACGUUUUACGCGCCUUCAGGCAGAGCAACUGGAUGUAACGCACAACGUGACGGGUCCAGGUCGCCUAAAUGGAUAUCAACUCAGCGAGCUACUUUUGAGUGAGCCGCGCAGGGACACGGUACAAGUGCAGGAUUUGAUUUUGCCUAUGGGCGUGCAGACGUCCAAGCUGCAGGGUAUCAAUGCCGAACUGCUUCUGGGGUUUCUGCGACAGUUGGAUGAGCUGCCGCUGCUUAUUCUCCAUGGGCAGCUGCAAGUGGAUCAUAUUGCAGUCAGUGGCGCGGUGCUCGUUGAUGAUACUCUUAACGGACAGAGUGUAGACCAGUUGCAGCGCGACGUUGUCUGGCUUGAUCGACCCAAUGAGCUGCGCACACGCUGGCGUUUCCAACAAGCGCCCAUAUUUGCCAGCGAUCUGUUGCUCCAGGGCAGUUACAACGAGCGCCUUUUACCCGAACUGCUAGACGAUAUUGUCUUUCGCCCUGACCAAGAUCAGGAACUGCUCAUUGUUGGCACCAAGAGCUUUGCGAGCCAUGUGCAGAUCCUCGACACUCUGCAGCUGCAGGCACUUAACGGCGUGCCCUUCGAUCGACUGGCCAAUAAGCUGCAACCGCUGGACUUUGCCGGUGAGCUGCGCCUGGAGGGUCGGCUGCAUGUCACUCAUUUGCAGUUGGAGGGCGCACUUAAUGGCCAAGCAAUUGGACAGCUGGAUAAGCAGCUGCGCUGGGAUACAAAGCUGGCUGCCUUUGUGCAGCGUGGUUUAGUACAUUUAGCGCAGCAAACACAGCUGCAAGAGCUUACGGUUUUGGGUCAUCUGGGCAAUCGCAGUCUGGAGCCGCUGCAGGAGUUCUAUGAUGAUUUGCUCGACAAGCGACAACCACAAUUGCAUCUUGAGGGACACAAGGUAUUCACGGGUCGCGUGAGCAUCCGUGGUGGAGCUCACAUUGUCCAGCUAAAUGACAUUAAUCUCGAGCAGCUACUGCAGCAGCUGAUCUUCAUCGAUGGCAGCAUGGAACACAACGAGGUAACUCUGCACACACCGGUGCACUUUGAAGCAGCUGUGCACAUGCAGCAGCUGCAUGUGGGUCAACUGGUGCUGCAAGGUGAACGCCUCAAUGACUGCAAUAUUACCGAAUGGAUGCACGACACGCUGCGCGUGGAUCGCGACUGGCAAACAGAAAUGCCCGUUAGCUUUGCUCAGGGUUCACUGGACAACAACGCCCUGCUCGUUGGCCAGCUGAACGAGUUAAACCUGACACGUGUUGUUACGCUGCAUACGGAGCAAAAUCUCAGCUUUCCAUUGGUCACCAACGAGCUGCAUUUGGCUGAUGGGCGAGUGCAGCUGCAUGGGCUGGUGAAUGGACGCAAUCUGUCGGAGGAAUAUGCCAAUACCUUGCUGAUAAAUGCGCCAAGGGAGCAACACGUGUUCACGCCGCUGCUGAUGCAGUCGGUGGAUGUGAGUGGGACACUGUUGGCCACUGCACCCAUUAACGGUGAUCCCAACCUCAACUUAAGCGAUGUGGCCACGCUGCACGAGGAACAGUUGCGUCUACAGACGCCGAUUAACUUUGUCAGGUUGCAUGCGCCGGAUUUGCGCACACGCUUGCACAUCAAUGGCUUCAACUUUAGUGCCUGGCACGAGAAGAGUCUCUGGGCGCAAGGUCGAGCGACCCAAAUCAUAAGUGGGAACUGGAACGUGCGCUGGCUGCGCGUUAAGCAGCCCCAGCGCCCAGAGCUGCAGGCUCAUGAGGUCUACCGGCGCCAGAGCAACGCGUUAGCAGUGCGCUAUCGAGAGCUGUGCACGCGGCUGGCUAGGCUCUUUGGUCUGUUGCGUCUGCCCUACCAGGUGAAGCAGCUGCGCCGCAGCUUCGCGCUGAAGCAGGCUCCAGGUCAAUCGGAUGUGCGUCGCGUUUUUGCGCUGCAGUCGCCGGUGCCGGCUGCUAGCUAUCUGCUGAUCAACGAGCUGGGCUGCUGGACGCGCAUCUAUCGCUGGAACGGCACGCACUAUACGAGUGCCGGCAGAAUCGAGAGCGGACCCAUUAAUGAUGCCACUGUGCUGCAGCAGCGGAACGCCAGCACCAAUAACAAUGACCAGUUCAGCUUCAUGACCAGCUACGAGCUGAGCGAUGAGCACGAGGAAGGAGGCUGGAACUGUAGCAGCCUGGCCCAUCUGCAAAGCUGGCGCACUAGCGCCAAGACUAAAAUCGAGCCAAUGGACGUGCCAGCUAGCAAGCUGCAGCAACUACAGCAAAAGCAUGAGGCGCAACAGCUGCAGCGUAAUAAACCAAGCUAUCAGCAGGCCAUCAAGUACUUGAGCCGGCCAAGCACUGAGUCACAAUUGCGUCCACAUCUUGAUGCGGGUCACACCCUAAGUCAGGAACAGUACGAGACAUUGCGUCAGCGCCUGCUGCAGCAUCUCAGCUUUCGUCUACAGACCGAGGUGAACAUCACGCAGCUAAGCAUUCCCGAGAGCGAUCUCUAUGACGACGAGCAUCUUGUGGAGGACUUCUUACGUCUGAUGCAGCAACUGCGCCGUGCUUCGACAUCUGGCACUGGGGUGUUUGCAUCUUUGCCCACGGACACACUGCCGUUACCGAAUAAUCCGUCGCGCGUGUUGGCCGCGCGCAGUGCCCAACUAAUUUGGCCAGUGCUCGAGGAGCUGAAGGCGCUGCAUGGACGGCUUUCGUUCAACGAUAGCCUAGCACAUGAGCAGCAGCGUGUGCUGGUGCUUCAACUGGAGCGCACUUUGCGUGACGUGUUGCUCCUUGCCAACAACAAUGAUGGCCAUGAAAAAAUUGUCGAUACAGAUGAUGAUGAUACGAAGCGCCUACAUGCUGUGAUUGAGCGACUGCGUGAGUUGCAACAGGAGCUAGAGGAAGCGCAGCAGUCGGACCUAAACUCAGAUGAGGCACGCAGCAUCCUAUCCAUGGAAUUGCCCCCUCCGAAGCAACAAUGGUUGCCCGUCGAAACAAUACGUCUGUAUGUGGGUCGUGUGCAGCAAGCCCAGUUGCUCUAUGCCCGUCUGACCAUUGUCGCUUCAAAUGUGCCGCCCAUUGCCCCAUCGACAGCGCCGGCCGCUCACAUCCAGCUGCAUCAUGCCAAUGGCACCCUUUUCCAGUCGCUGGCUGCCGAUCAUUUGGCGCGCCAGCUAACAGCCUUACGCGUGCGGGAUGAAACCCUGCUGGCUUUUAUCGAGAGUUGCUGCCGUGUGCGCGUCUUUAUUUAUCGCGGCAUUCAGGGCUUUGUGCCAUUCACGCAGUUUCAUGUUGAGGAGAAUGGCGAGAUGGAGCAGCCAUAUGCACUUCAAUUGCUGGCGCUACGCCUGCCAUUACAGAGUUCGCCGGGCGCGCUCUAUAUGCUGGCCGUGGUUCAGUCUCGCCGUAUAACCUUUUAUGAGCUGGUUAUGCCCGGAUUCUUUGAGCCUUGGUUACAUUGUUAAUAGGUUUAAGAAUAAAUGUGUAAUUUGAUUUGUUGUUUAUGUA